UGCGCAUGUCUGACGGCCUACAGACAGGGGUUGACCCCGGGUUGGAAAUUUUCGUGACUCCUUUCUUGUAAAAAUCGCACAAAUUUUUUUUUUCGACUCAGUGUUUUUGUGAAAGGAAUUUUUUUUGUUUAUUCGGAUAAAUAGACACGUAUGAUUUUAUUUGAUGAAAGAGAAAAUUUCCGUGAUGAGACGAGUUUAAUUUCAAGAAUGUUUUAACCGAAGUGAAGUUAUUGAUUCUCAUCGGUCGAGUGAUAGACUACUUUCGUACUUUCUUCUAUACUUUCGAUAACAAACUCGAAAGUCAAAAUGAAGGUGGGACUUUUGAAGAAUUUUUUACACUUCUUCACUCUUAGACAGGGCACGGUUAUUAUUGCCAAACUGCAGUUGUUGAUUUCCGGCUACAUUAUAAUUUUUCUCGUCUUGGGUUUAUCACACGUGACUGGAAUCGAGGUAAUGAUUGUCAGAGAUACCGAGGAUGCUUUAGAAAGAGAAGCUCUCGAAGAAAUCACGUCGAAACGUCUUAAUAGUCAAAAAUUAGAACUGGCGCACAAAAAAGCGAUAGACGAAAUGUUCGCAAUGUAUUUUGCACUGGUAUUAACUGUCAUUCACUUCGUCACUACAUUACUAUUGCUGUAUGGUGCUCUCAUGAACAAUCGAUUUUUAAUGACACCGUGGAUGAUGAUGAUGAUGACAAUAAUCGUUUCAUUAUUUAUAGCAUUAUUCCAAAUAAAAGACGACUGCCCUUUCCUUGUUCUGAUCGGAGGGAAGUCUGACAUUACCGAUCGGCUCUUUGUAUUAUUUUGCGCUAUAGUCUCUAUUUAUAUGUGGUAUGUGGUUUAUAGUACAUUCAACAGUCUCGUGAUUAAGAAGGGUAUAAUUCACGAAGUACAUGAGUCGCAAAUAAAAUACGCGCUCCCUGCUUCUGCACAAGAGAAAAAGAUGCACAACAGUAAUGGAAUUCCACAACCAUAUGACGUUUAAAUAGUGAAAAACAAGAAACGAAUUCACUAUAAUGAGAAGCUAAAAUUAAAAGAGGAAAGAGAAAAAAAACCCCAUCAUCAAAUGUCAAUUGACAAUUUACUAAGAAAAAAAAAUUUUGAUUUGAUUGUUUCUAACAAUUUAAGGAAAAAAAAUGGUGCUCUGUUGGUGAUGGGCAAAUUUUUCAUUAUUUACUUGCUCCUUCUCACUUGCCUAGUAAAACAUUAAGUCAGAGAAAAAUGAAAUGGAUUUUUAAAAUAACUUCGCGCUGUGAAAAAAAAAUUUUUAAUUUUGUUAGUAUUGAGAAAAGUUUAUAUUUUAUGAACUAAGUUUCAUAGAAAGUGAUGAGAAACUAUAAUAAUUGAAGUAAUCACAGCUUACAUUGCAACGUUACGAUACUAUAUAUAAAAAAACAAGAAAAAAAAUUAAAAAGUAUUUCAAAUCCUAAAUCAAACUAUAAAAUCUAUAAUCGUGAUAGGAUAUUAAAUCCGUACAUCGAAAAGAAAUUAGUUAAUUAUUUUUUAAAGCAUUAUAUUUCACUAUAGAUAAAUUUCU